AUGUUAACUUUGAAAUUGGUACAUGUACACAUUUUACUUAGUAUCAUCAUUUUGAAGUUCAAUGUUCAGUAUUCAACUUUGAUUCAAUCCGCUACUUCAUGGAUUAUUGAUGAUCAUGAUGAUGGAACUAAGUUGUCUCAUCAAAACUAUGCUGCAUGCAGGAGAUGUGAUACAAAUCAUGUUUGUCAUGAAAUAAUGUUCAAAGAUUUAAUCCGUGUAAGGGAUUUAAACGUUAUAACAAUAAAACUGGAUGGUACUUUGAAUAGUUUAAAUGAACCUGCUUUCGUUGGAUGUACUUGUGAAUUCAAUCCCAGUUCUAGGUCAACAAUAAUACCAACUGGUUCUGAAGUCUCAGGGAUAAAUCAUUUAUGCCCCGUGAAUUUGCCUGAUAUUGGCGAAACUUGUGAUCAUUCAAAUUCAGUCUGCAGAUCGCUUUCCGCACAAUGUGUUUCACAUGAUUUAUCAAACAAAAAGGUUUGCACUUGUCCAGUAAACACAAUCGCAGUCUAUCAGAUAUUCCUCAACUAUUUCGAAUGUUUUGCUGUAGUGAAUGAAUCCGCAUCUAACCUGUCAAAUAUCAAAAAAUUUGUCAGUGAUUAUUGUCAACCUUGUCAGAAAAUUAAUGGAACAUGUUAUGAUCAGAAUAAUGAUGGUAUACCAGAUGGAUGCCGAUGCCCGCCUGGUAGGUCAUUUAUUUAUAAAAGUGAUCGAUAUGAAAACUCACGAAACACUGCUGGUUCAAUGAAUCUUAUUCAACACAAGGAUGAAUUAAAGUUUCCUUGUCAACUGAAACACAUCGAAACGAAAUGCGAUGAACGACAACUCACAGUCUGUUACUUUCCGCAUACUUCGGGAAAAUUUCAAACACUACCUUACUAUCUUCAAAUGAAUAUGAUUCACAUAUCACUUGUACAGUCAAUGUAUAGCGAAUUAUCUGAUCAUCAGGAAUCUUGUUCAUUAAGCUCAAAAUUAAAACCAAUAUCAACUACUUCGGAUGCGGAAAAAAAUUAUCCAUUCAAAGACAAAUCGUACUGCAUUACAUUGUCCAACGAUCAAUUAUCAAUGAAUACUUGCACAGUUAAUUUGAAAAUUGACUCAACUUGUAAUGAAAUUACUCAUACACAAAAUCUUCAAUAUUCUGGCAAUGUGUACGUUCGUCAAAAAAAUAAAAUCUAUCUGGAUGGCAAAACCAUUCUUAAAAUACCAUGGGAAUGUACGGCUAAAAGAAUUUGCAAUUUGACAGACGAACCAAUCCAUCGAAUAACAAAUCAAGUUCAAAAUAAUUUGCGACAACUUUUUGUUAUGAAUAUGAACAAUGAGAUUAUUACUGAAAUUGGUGAAGGUGAAUUAGUGUAUUUGGAGCUUAUAUCGAAUUAUGAAAAAUUUGUCAUAAGUACGAAAAUGUGCGCAGUGGCAAGCCUCAAAUUUCCGGAAAGCUAUAAUUCCAAGUCAGUUAUUGACAUGCAUUUAUGUCGGGCAUUUUAUCACUUCAAAUAUUAUGUUGCAGAUGAAAGUAUAAUGAAUUCAUAUCAUAAUCAAACCAUAUUUAUUAGUCAUAUCCCUGCUGUUAUUCAGUACAGCAAUACAUCAUUGCAUCGAUCAAGUGAGAUAUUUCCAGCUCUUCAAAUUAUUCCCCAACAAAAUACUAUAUACUAUAUUUGUCUUGUUCCCUCCGUAAAUGCAUCAAUGGCAUUUAAUGCUGACAACAGUAAAAUACAAGAUUUGUGUGAUAUGUCAAACAAUCGAAUAAGGUUGUCACCAGCUGAUCAUUUAUUCGUUACGAAGCUGACCAUAAGAAAUUCCCUUUCAUCUCAUCAUAUCAAAUGUACUCUGCUAUCGUGUCUCGAUUUGAACCAAGUAACUUUUAUCUGCUGCUUCUUACUACUAACGAAUUUAGCUGUUUGUGUGACAGUGAUCUGGGUAUGCAAACGAAAGCAACAGUUAAAACAGCACCAACUUCAGUACACCUUUAGUCAGAAUUUACAUUCAGAAAAGCUGUUAAAUGAUUCUCUGAACUGUUCCAUGUUACCUACUAUUACACCAGAAAUUGUUGAAGCACAUCAAAAAUCAGUUCACUGUAAUGAGCUUGAAGCUUAUUUGAACUCUAAGGUUUAUGAUGACUUUAAACCCUCUAAUAGCACUAACUGUCCCAAAUGCAUGGGUUCUGCGAUAAAGCAAACCGAUUCUUUAUUAUCUUAUCAAAAAAUAGGACGCAUGAGUCAAGUGCCCUCAAACGAAGAUCUUAUCUACCUUAGUUUAUUAAAUGGGCAUUCAAUAACAACUCUCCACAACUGCAAGCAACAGCCAAUAUCAGAAACAUUGACGAAUAAUUUAACUUCCGAGAAUUUUGAUGUUUAGUUUGAGGACAGAGAUUUAUAGAUAAGUUAUAUGAAUGAUUGGUAAAACUGAAUGAAUAAUUAAAUAAUAACAUCAAGUUAAUAAUUGC